GUCGCGAUCAGUCGGCAUUUCAAAUCCGUGUGCUCUCCGCAGUUUCCGAAAGCAAAUACCGUGAAUGCCCCAAACCGAUCGGAAAUAUAUCCGUAAAAUAUAUAGUCGAUGCUGUGCAACAUUUGUGAUUGAAUUCAAAUACAAAUCGAUUGCAGGAAGUAUUUCCUAUUCCCCGGUCGACCUCUUUUCAAAUGGAACCAAUUUGCUCGAACAACGGGGGACGAUAAUUUAGCAAAGCCUGGCAGAACCUGCGAUUGCAAUUGUACUAUAUUGUACGGUGGCAAAAUGGAUACCGUCUAUGGAACAAAGAAAUACUUCCAGAGUUUAUCCGGCGUGAGUGAUAUAUACAGGGCUCAGACGUGUCGGCAAAUGAGUGCGGAUUAUACAUACCAGAACACAGUUGGCCGGAGGUCUCAGCUUGGGGCAUACUAUCACAUGAACAAGCAGCCCUCGUACACAAAUGAGCACAGUCUAAACAGUCAAUAUGGAUACAAUACGUGGGGCAUCUGGCGGGAUGGAAGGAACAUUGCCCCAUCCACGUUCUCGGCCAAGACGCAUACUCAAUACCCCAAGAAUCGAUCCUUCAGCAUUAUCCUGACCACGGCUGCAUUCAUUGUCCUGCUGGCCGUCAUCUCCAUCGCCGGAUUGGCCUUCUACUUUAGCUCAAUUAAGACCACACUGGAGGAUCCUAUUAUGGGCUUCGAGGGUUCUUUCCGCAUUGCCAAAGGGGAUCUCUUCUCCACGGGUCUGAAAUACAAUCACACGACAACCUACAAACAGAAGAUUGAUUUCUACAAAAGGUUUGUGGAGCGAUCGAUGAUGGAUAAUGGACUGCAGCCACUGCGCACUGAUGUCUGGGGUUUCGGAGAGGGUCCACUGAUAAAGGUCUCAUUUCGGGUGUUUCUCGACGUUCGUAAACUACCACAAAACAUUCUGAGCGUGGAGGAGUACAUUAAGGAGUCACUGUUCCUGGAAACCUCUGCCACGAAAUCCCUGUAUCGCUCAUUGCGUUUGGAUACAGAAUCGGUGGAGAUAAAACGCAUAAUGGAUGAGCAGGUGGUGCGAUCUGCAGCUAUAUUAAAGGAAGCCCAAACGGUGCCAACUAGUCAAACCCAGUUGGAAAAACGACUCAUGAAGAAGGGAAGUACUCCGGCACCAGCUCCACUUCAUCCAAAACCUUUGGGAAGCAAUACCACACCCAAGCCGAAGAAUCCUCUGUUGCGCAGUCAUUCCGCCGAUGAAGAGCCAGAUAUUGAUGUCGAGAAUGCUCCGGUUAUCCAGGGUUCGUUUGAGGGAUCCUUUGAGAUCACCAAGACGGAUGCGGACAUUGCCAGGAAGAAGACUCCACCCACGAGAGCCUAUCAAGCCAGUAGUAGUAGCAGCACUUUGCCACCCAAGGCUAUUGCAGUGACACCCUUUUCCUUGAGGGUGAAGCCCAAGAAACCGAGCAUUGAGAAGCUAACGACGGUGCUUCCGCAGCAGGUGCCGACUGGAAGUCCCACUAGCACCACCAGGGCAACCACUAAAGCCACCAAGGCAACCACUACUACGACAAAGAGAACUACCACUUCUACGACCAGAAAAACCACCACUACGACUACUCCUAAACCUACGACAACAAUACCUACGACAACAACGGAGGCAACCACGACAACUACCACUUCAACGACAACAACACCACCACCACCACCUCCUAGCACCACUAGAGCCACCACAACUACCACCACUUUUACCUAUCCCUCGGUGGCUCCACCCACUCCUUCAAAUCAAGGAGGAUCUUUGCCGAAAUUGGAUGCCAAUCUGUUCACCACCUUCCCCAUUUUGGACACCCAACCUUGGAGACCAAUGCAUCGAGAGGUUCCGGAAUUGCUGCCAGGUCCACCUCCCGCUUUUCCCACCAAAACUUUAGCUGGAGGAACCACUCCAACUAUAAAUCAUAUUCCCCAGCGGAGGAUAGAUGAGUUUGAGCUGCCCUUCAUCGGAGAUAAUCCAACUCCUCCGACAGCAGCUGUGGCUCCAGUGACCAUUGAUCCCUACAGUCUGGGGUUCCUCAAUCCCGGCUUGCGAGUACAGGAGCCAAAACCCAAUCUGGGACAGCAGCCACAGGAUCAAGACAUGCUUUUCUACCACAACUUUGGCAGUCCGAUCUUUAUGCCAGGCACUGAGAACAUAGAGCGUUUGGGCGGAGCUCUGGUGGAACCUCAUCCUCUGCCCGUGCCCCUCAUAGAUGAUGUUAUCAUUCCGCCAUUUAAGCCCAUUGAUCCGACGAUAGGAACGGGUGAGAAACUGCCCUUUAAUCUGGAUGUCAGCAACGAGAGAUUCGAGCAUCUGGGUGGUGGAGUCAUUGCCAAGAAGCCACAGGAGAAGAUGGAGAAGAAGGAGCAGCCAGCGAAGAAGGAGCCACUGGAGCAGCAAGUUAAGGAAGUGAAUCAAACGCAGGUGGAGAAGAAGGAUGUUCAGAAGGAGAAGAAAGAGGAGCAGGUGAAGACAGAGCAACUUGAAAUCACCACAAAACCAGUAAUUAAAGUGGAGAAAGUGGAGGUCACCACAUCGCCUUCAAAGAUCGCAACUAAUAGCCCACCCAAACCAACAAAAACUCCAUCUUUACCUUCCCUAAAGCCAACGGAUAAUUCCGUUUUGGCCGAUACCAUAGGAGAAUUCUUCAUGGAACUAUUGAAUCUGCCCAAAGAGGAUAAUGCGACUGCCACAAAAAAAACAACAGAAGAACCGAUUGAAUCCAGGGUAGAACCAGAGGAGGAUGAGACCCAGAAGUCGCCCAGCUUGAGCCACUCCAAGCCGAACUUCUUGAAUCUCAAGCAGAUCAUUCUGCAGAGGAAUACCCCUUCGGCUAUACUGUCCAAUGCAACUUUUGAGGAGGAAACAACGACUACAACGUUGGUUACCACAACAACCAGCACAACGGAGGAGCCUAGGACCACGAAAAGGAAUCGCAUCCGGACCACCAGUGAACGACCCACAAUGAUGGACGACUCCAACUUGUUUCCUUCGCAUUCAAAGUGGGAGUUUGUGAACAGUUCUUCGGCUCAGGGAUUUGGACACAAUUCGAAUAUGAGAAAGGUCUUCAAUCAGACGCUGCAGGCUUGGGUAUCGGAGGACAUUGACAAGUCGGAGAAUCUAACUUUGAAUGACAUCAAGACGCGAAUCAACAAUGCUAGUAACAUUCAGGACAUCUCGUUGAUCUUUGACACAUUGGCUUCCAAGUUGGGUAUCACUCCUAGUGUGCCCAACAAGUUCCCACCCUUUUCGCAGAACAAGCUAAAGCAGGCACCCAAGGAGGAAGUCAGGAGACCCAUACCCACAUCCACCACCCCGCAAGUUCCAUUAGUAGUCCCGGAAAGCAAACUUCCUGUUGAGAGGGAGCCCUUCAUUAAGCCCAUGGCCAGUUUUCUAGAGGAUGGCUCCUCUGAAGUCUUGGGGGCAGCAAUACCCGUGAUUGGCGAGGCGGAAGUGGAGGUGGUGGACCCACUGAACUACGAGGAGAUGCUCAAGAUCUCGCAGUUUGCUCCUAGCAGCACGGAGCCCAGUGUGCAUCGACUGGUGACUCUACUUCCAGUGCGAUCGAACUCGGGAAUUCGCACGUAUAGACCACCAGCCGAGGAUGAAGAGACGCAGAGGAGUGCGAGUGAUUCAGUAAUGCCCGUUCCUGGACCCACUGUUCCGGCUUCCGCUCCCGGAAGGAUCAGCAUACGGCGCAAGAGCAACCUCAACCAGAGCCGGAGAUUCGGCCAACCACCCGCAGAGGCGGUGGUCAAGGGCGGCAUCCAGGUGACGGUCAAGAAGUGAUCACAGAGUCGGCCAAAUAGCUUCACCAUGAGAUUAGAGGAGAGACAAGUUCUACCACAGAGCCCCAUGAUUUAGCUUAGACCACUAUAUGUUAGCUAUAAGUAGGGAAUAUACAUUUAGUUAGGUCGAUCGUGCAAAUAACGAAAUCUUGUUCGAAAAUUGUUUACCCCCAUGUUGGAACAAUUUUGGAAUGACACUUCCGGUUAUACUCGGCGGUAUCAGCGACUGCCAGUCCUCAGUAUUUAAGACAAACCACAUCACAUUCAUUGCCUAGGUAUCGAAUCAUUAGUUUGUAUACAAUCCUACGAUUUUCCAAUAUUAUUUUCUUCAGUUCAUUGCGAUUCUUAUGUUAAUGUUAGCUAUGGAUGCGUUAGAGAAGUACUUUUAGUAAAUGAUUAAGCUCGAUCUUGGAAUAAAUGUGAAUAAUUUAUUAUUA